AACGGCGUGUGUAAGGGUCCAAAAGUUUUCAGAAGACGCCAGACCACCGUCGAGAGUGCAACUCCCAAAACUCCGUUCUCGCCUCUCGGUGUCAAUUUUUCCUCCGUUAAUUUUCACGCACACAAACUCUCGUCACCCCAAAAAAUCGUGUGAUAUUCGACAAUCAAGUUUUGAGUGGUUUUGUUGUGUGUCGAACGCCAUUGUAUCGUCAACGAUUUGGAUUUAGUUCUCAACUUUUUGUAAUCAUCAUGAGUACCCGAGUUCUCGCCGCUCCCGUUUCGCUCGACGUGAGGAUGAUGUUGCCUUCUUAUUCCCGUUUGGGUGGCGGACGACCGCGGAUUGUGCCCAGCACGGGCUGUUUGUCGCGGGUCAAGCGCUGCCUAUUUGGUUUGCCGUCGUCGCCGGAGGAAGCUCUGCAACAGGCCGCCGAUGAACUCCAACGCCAAACCGAAUCCGACUCGAAGCGUUGGAACUAUGACUUUGUACGGGACGAACCGCUCAACGGCCCGUUGGACUGGCAACCCGCCGAACCGCACAGCAACCGCAUGGAAACCAUCACCACCACCGAUCCCGUUUCACCAUCUUCUAGUUUACGUCAAUCGCAAAUCACAGAAUUUCUGCAGCCUCGUAAACGAACGUCUUCUGGUGCCUUGUCGUCCAUCAACAACAAACGCCUGCGGAUGCAGACGACAUCAUCGCCGCAGGCUCGAAGAACGUGAAUUUCCACCGGCUGUUUUUCUGUUUUGUUUUUUGAAAACCUCCUGGACCCGACGAGAGCUGUUUGUACAUAUGCCGUGUACAUCCGAAAAAUCAAGAGGAUUAACUAAUUAUCUGUAUAUAUAAAUAGCAAAUUUAUAUAUGUGUGUGAUGAAGGAGGGGGAGAAAAAAAGCCAACGAUCCAUGAGGAAAAACAAAAAAAGAAAGAAACUUUACAAUCAAGAAGAAGAAUUUUCGGCCUGAUCUCAAAUUCGUUUCGUCCAGGUCAUGUGAUCUCUCCAUCGCGCGCGCUCAAAACGAAGCGGGAAAAAAUUGUUUUUUUCAAAAAAAUAUCCCCACCACCAAGUUGUCUCUUCAUUUUUCUUUUUUUAUUUGAUCAUGUUGUUUCACCGAUUAUUUUUCCCUUUUGAAAUUAGACCUUUUUGUGUAAAUAUGAUGAUGGAAAUAAGGAACAAUUCUUUAACCAAAAAAUUUGAAUUUUUUUUGUGGCGGGAAAACGUGUGUUGUCAACCCCAUAAAAGUGUCGAGCCCGACGUUUUCGCGUACGUUCGUGUCCAAUGUCUGUGAUGUCCAUUUGUGCUCGAUUCGAUCUCACCCCCAUUGGCACCAAGAGAGAUUCACGCUCCCGCUCGCACUAGCUCCUUCUCACCUUUCUUUCUCUUUCUCCCAUUUUUCAACUAAAUUUUUGUUUUCUUUUUUCGUUUAUCCUUUCCUCCCUGCCAAUGUUUUUUUCCUUUUUUUUGGUUUUCGUAGUGUCUUUUUACAUCUCUAUAUAUACACACAUAUAUAUAUCUAUCACGUAACUGAGAAUACAAUCAAUUCAGAAAUCAA